AUUCUGAAAGCGACGCACCGUCAUACCGGCAGCCGAGACCUUUGCCGUUUUUAUUCUUCCUCCGUCUCUCUGCCUGUACAGCGGCGGGUUGGCCAGCUCCGAGCCGAGCCUCGUCCUCCCUCUUCGGCGCCUCUGCGUCAGUCCUCAGGUAUUGGCAGCAAAGACAGUGUUAGAUUUGCCCUUGAUUGAGGUACCCCUUCAAAGGUCAAGAUGUUGUGGCGCACAGUACGCAGUAUGGAUGUAAUAAUGCAUUCUUCGAGUUUCCUUCUUCCGAAACUGCAUCAACCUGUCAACAAACCAGUCAAGAACUAUGCUUUAGUUGUUCUAAACCAGCAACUUCCACGAUUCAUGCCUCGACUCUGGGAUCAUGCAAACUUGAGGAUCUGUGCUGAUGGAGGAGCUAAUCAUAUUUUUGAUGAGAUGUAUCAGAUGACCAAUGAUGAAGACAAAAAAAGCACCAGAAAUAAGUAUAUUCCAGAAAUAAUUGAGGGGGACAUGGAUUCUAUCAGACCUGAAGUAAAACUGUUCUACUCCAGUCAGGGAUCCAAAAUUUCUGAUAAGUCACAUAACCAGGAGACAACAGAUCUACACAAAUGUAUUUCCCGUAUCCAUCAUCGUACGCCUGAUCAUGAAAAACCCAAUCUCUGUGUUCUUGUUACUGGAGCACUAGGUGGUAGGUUUGAUCAUGAGGCGGCAAAUAUCAAUGUUCUGUAUCUGUUUUCGGACAUGAGGAUUGUCCUCCUAUCAGAUGAUUGCUUGAUUCGACUUCUUCCGAGAACACAUCGCCAUGAGCUCUAUAUUGAGUCGUCUGUUGAAGGACCUCAUUGUGGGCUUUUUCCUGUUGGAGCACCAUCAACAAGCACCACAACUACUGGCCUGAAAUGGAAUCUAAGUGAAUCAAAGAUGAGAUUUGGGAGCAUGAUAAGCACAUCCAACAUUGUGCAGUCGGAGAAGGUAACUGUAGAAUCUGAUGCAGAUCUUUUGUGGACAAUUUCUCUGCGAAAUCUGACAUAAACAGUUCCUAGUUAGUUAUCCUUUUUGCCUUCUCUUUCCUGUCAAGUGGCAACCAAGCUCUUGUACAGCCGUUUUUUGUGUUUAUGAGUUGUGUGUCUGGUAAAUAAAUAUCGUCUGAUAACUAAUCGAUGAAGUCUUAUCAUCAGAUAGGAUGUCCAGUACGAUAUUGAACUGCUGAUGAAUUAUGUGAAUAACACAAGCAGCCAUGAUGGUUGUAUCCUCUCUAGUUUUAUAACUGUAUUAUUGUAUUUGCAAGAGGCUUUCUUGUAUAAAAAGAGUUCUCAACAGUUCACACUG